GCGUGCCUCUGUUUGGCCGCGGAGAGCCGGAGAAGCGAGGCUUUAGAGCGCAGCGCAGUGAGGCGGGGCAAGGCGCGGCCGAAGUGUUAUUUAGAAAGGAGACAUCCGCGACGCUAGAAUUUGCACAAAUGCAGGAAGACGACUCCUCCUCCUGCUGCUGCCAUUGCUGUUGCUGCUGGUGUGUGGGGUGGUGAUAUUUGAAUGCGUUGUCUUCAGGCUGAGCCGUCAAGACCCACUCUCCCACCUUCAACGGAAUCAUGGGAGCUGUGCCGCAGCGCAGGUGUAGCCUCGCCUUCUUCUGAGGUAGUCGUGCGCUGUCGCCUGCAUCGUCUGGGUGUUUAAUUGUCAGGUCGGACUGGCCUUGUCCCCGUGGACAGAGUUGGAGGAGGAGGUGCGAGGAGAAAGUUGCUGGCUUGAGACCAUCCGGUUCGCGUUCGUGUUACGUGUUGCGACUUGAGAGAGCCAGGGUGAGGGAGUGGUGCCGGAGUGCGUCUGCAUUUUUAUUUCUGCUGCCGUGUAUCUACCGAGUGCGGCAAGGGUGAGAGAUUGUCUGCGUGGCUUUGGAUUCGAGAGCUGGUGGAGGCGCAGAAUCUGGAGGUGAUCGCCGCCGCAGCAAGUCGGUGAUUUUUUUAGUGUUUUUUCUCUUAAAGAUAAGGUGGAGAAUCUUCAUUUUGCUGAAGCGACCCUGGAGAAAAUCGUUCGAGUCUAGGUUUUAGUAGGAUACCGCGAAGUGAUUUUUCGAAGAUAACCUGAAAUUUAUGCGAAAUCACGCCGUAUGGUUGGUGCUCUGUAAGAUGGUGAAAGAGAUUUAAUGGGGACUAGGGCUACAGCAGGAAUAAGGUGCUGAUUGAGUGUCAUCACCACGAGUGUGCGGCUUCUAAGCCAGCGCUGCGUCUCCCUCAGGGAGAAAAUUAUAUUCCGUAGACGCGAUCACCUGCUGUCGAUGUCUUUGAAUCUAAGUCCUCAAGUAGUGUGUUUUGCGGAUUCGGUGUUCAGUGUCCCCUGAGAGAGCAAGCCACGAUGGUUGUACUGUACCAGCGCAAUAGUUACUGCCUGAGCUUCCUGUAUGAGCAGGAGAUCUCUCGCCAAGCUUUGUGCAUCCCCGAAGUGAAAGCUUGGUGACGGGGGAGUGCUGUUUCUAGCAUACUUUCACUCUCGAAGUAAAUCUAGGAACCCUGUCCGCGGUCUAUAAGCACUAAGAUGCUGCGCUUCGUCGCUACAUCCCCCCGGAGUUAACACUGUGUGAUCCACCGAAAUGAUAUCUGAUCCUGGAGUCUACAGUGACACCCGCGGCCAUCCCAGCAUGGCUAUGUUUUCGAUGUAAAAGCAUACGAGCUCUGAUCUAUUCCAACGCCUCGUCGUUUGGAUGACCUUCGAGCCAAGCAUCAAAGCGACAGUGAAGCUCUUGUUUUGUGCCAAUGAAGAGAUUAGUGUCCUGGAGAGACUGAAGUGAUGGUGUCGUAGAGGACUUUAGGAAAGCUAGUGCAGCGACUGGGUGCCACUGAGAUUUGAAACUUUUUGAGACUUGCGUUUGACAGUUUUCUAUGUUAGUUUCCGUAAUUAAUGUUAGUGGGUGUGCGUCCUCUCGUGAUCAGUGCUGGAGACGAUGAUGACGGAGCUUUGGCUGGGAGAAACAACAAUUCAAGCUCGCAGUAGGACAUUGAUGCGCAGCUGGCGGAUUGAGACUAACCAGUUUUAUGUCAGGUCACAAGGAAAAAUAUCCUCGUAGUGGCACUUCUCACAGUAAGGAUCCUGCAGCUGACCCGUGACGUCACGAUUAUUAUUCGCCUUCGCUGUUGCCGAAGUUCAAGUUUAGAGAAUCAAAUCCUCGCGACGGCCCCACCACACCGUGAUCAAAUGAAUCGGGGUUUUUAUUAGGCAUGAUGGUGAAUCUAAUAUGAUCAAGUUGCAAACAUUCGGCUGUGUUAUGCCGAUGUCUACCUACAAUGCGUCUGAACUUCUCAUGAACGGCUUCAAAUGACACUGGAAGUGCGUUGGGACUCGGCGCGUUGCAACUCUUUGAGCUCCUUUUCAUGGUAGGAAUGCAGGAAUCAGCUGACGCUGCGAAUCGCUCGGGGGGCGGAGGCAUGGGUAGCCCCCAAAGAGCAGGGAUGGCGAGUGGGGUCGGGCAUGGGUUGCACACUGCGGCACCUGUGCGACAUUCGCCACCUCCAUCCUCGUCCCCAUCACCUUCACCAGGGAUUACUCCAUCGCAAAGUGCGCAAGGGGGCGCACCAGCUGUGAGCACGCCCGUGCCUGAGGCCGGUCCAUCAGGUCUUCAUCCCCAUCCAAUCAUGGCUGUAGCUCCUCCAGCAAGCUUAGGCAUGAGCUUAGGCAUUGUUGGCACCUCAAUCACUGGACCCAGGAGUGCAAGCGGGGGCGAGCAGCCUCUCAAGAGAAAGAGGGGAAGGCCUCGUAAAUUUUCAACUGGUUCUGAAUUUUCUCCUGGAACACCAGGAGCUGGGUAUCCUGUUUUUCCAGCGAUAAUGCCGGCUCCCUCUUCGCCAUAUACGCCGUCUCCUGAUAAGCGAGGGAGAGGCCGACCUACAGGCUCUGGGAAGAGGCAACAGCUAGCUGCUCUUGGGGUUGUGUUAGCGGGCACUGGGCAAGGUUUUACGCCUCACAUAUUGACUGUGAACACUGGGGAGGAUGUCGCUACUAAAAUCAUGCAGUUUGCACAGCACGGACCACGUGCAAUGUGUGUGCUGUCAGCCAACGGUGCCAUUUCCAAUGUGACAUUACGUCAGCAGUUAUCGUCGGGAGGCACUGUGACGUAUGAGGGUCGCUAUGAGAUACUUUCUUUGUCUGGUUCUUAUCUGCCUACGGACCUUGGAGGUGGCGCACGACAACGAACUGGGGGCCUUAGUGUUUCUUUGGCUGGCAGUGAUGGGCGAGUCAUUGGUGGAGGUGUUGCUGGAAUGCUAACUGCGGCGUCUCCCAUUCAGGUGGUUGUCGGGAGCUUUCUUUCCGACGCUUACAAAUCUCAACCGAAGUCCGAUUCCCCACUUAGUUCAACUCCAGGAGGCUCAUCUGGAGGAGGGUUUGUUCCUGGUUUAGGACUUGGAGGCCCACGUCCUCCACCUCUUAGACCUGAAAUGAAACCAAGUCCUGGUCUCUUUUCAAAUUCCAAAGCACCCAGUCCUCAGCAGACAUCACCAGCGCCUCCUUCCCCAACCGGCCAAGUAUCUGCGCAGAGGCCUCAAACCAUGGGCUUGUUUCAACCGAUGGCAAGCUGGCAACCGCCCGCUCUUGGAGAUGGUCGAAGGACUGACAUCAAUAUCUCUUUGCCAGGUGGAUGAACUUGAGGUUAUACAGCGGAACGACCAGGAUUCUUUUUUUUCUUUUUCGGACUGGACCCGAUCAUCUCUGCAAGCUUUUUGAUGUUUCCAAUUCUAAACAGAAUUGGGUUAGUUGCAGAACCGAGGCCUCUACAGUGAACAGACAUGAUCUGCUUUGUUAAUCCGGUUGGCCGCUGCAAGUUGUCAUCUGGACCAUCACUGAUCAACAGUUCCCACCGUUGUCAUCAUUGCAUAGUUGGUGGAAGCCAUAUUUUAGGAGCAUUGCUUUUUUUGGGAGGGAUUUUUUAAGAUCGUCACAGCAGUCUCUUUGUGAAGACAACGAUUGAGUUAUUGGAUAACAAAACAGGUGGGCAAAAAUGUAGAGAUUUAGUCCUCGUGGCAAGCUUUAGUGUAUUUCGUCAUCAGCUGCGAAUCGUCAUUUUGAAUUCUUACCCACCUUUAGCAGUAGCUUUACAUCUGUUCGAACAUUCGAUCAUGGAGACAGCUUUGAUCCUUAUUUUUGGAUUAUCCGUGGCACCUAUCUCGAAGAUGUAUCCUUGAAGCGAGCAAUCCUCAGUGACCAGCAGGAUUAUUCGUGCUCUUUCAUCAAAUGUAGUUAUGACUUGAUCUGAGCUUCUUCGCUGAAGAUUGGGUAUCAGUCAAUAUCAGACGGCUACUUAUAACCGAUAUAAAUUUUGGACAUUUCAUGUUAGUUUUUCCUCCUAAAUGUAAGCUAACAAAGACUAAUUUUGCCCCAGAUGGUAAAUUAGAAUCUACUACUUACUGCA